UUUUCCUUUCCGGGCCGCGAGUGCUGCUAUGGCGGCGUUGGGCUGUGAGGAAGUGAGGGCGGUGGGCCCGGGCCCCGGCCCGCCUCAUCCCGGCGUCCCGCCUGGCGUGCCUCUUCAUCCCGGCUUGGCGCGGCGGCGUGGCCGGACGCUGCUGGUGCGGCAUCUGCCAGCCGAGCUGAGCGCGGCGGAGAAGGAGGAUCUGCUGAAACACUUCGGGGCGGUGUCUGUGCGCGUCCUGUCGGACCACGGGCGGCUGAAACAUACUGCUUUUGCUACUUUCCCCAGUGAAAAUGCAGCUGUGAAGGCUUUGUCAAGACUGCAUCAGCUGAAACUUUUAGGUCACACCUUAGUUGUUGAAUUUGCAAAGGAGCAAGAUAGUGUACAGGUACUUAGCCAGCCUUCUGUCUCGGAGAAAUGUAAAAGUUCAGAAGAACAAGUGAAAGCAGAAGAGAAAAAAGAACUAAGCUGUGUUAAAAUAGAGGAUGGAAUUGCACCUGAACAUGGCCUCAGCUUUCCCAUCAAUUCUUGCCUCAAAUAUUUGUAUCCACCACCUUCAAGUACAAUUCUAGCAAAUAUAGCAAAUGCCUUGGCAAGCGUGCCCAAAUUUUACGUCCAGGUACUUCAUCUUAUGAAUAAAAUGAACCUUCCUUCACCUUUUGGACCAAUUACUGCUCGUCCUCCAAUGUAUGAAGAGUAUUUACCAGCACCUGUGCCACCUCCACCAGUUCCACCUUUUCCUCCUGAGGAGCCUCCUUUGCCUGAAGAGGAAGAGCAGCAAUCUAGUGGAGAUGAAUCAGAAUAUGAAAGUGAUAAUGAGGAGGAAAAGGAGAGAAUGACCAAGUUGAUGGAAUUAGCAACCCUUCAGCCUAAAAGACCAAUAAACACGAAGAGGCGUGGUGUUCAAAAAAGACGAAGAAUUAAAGACUUACUGAAUGUUCCCAUGUGUACUCCUCAGAGUAAUUUGCACCCUGCACUGUCACCUUCAGAUGUCUUUGAUCAGCCACAGCGUGUAGGUCAUAAAAAAAUUGAGUUCCAUAUUAAUACUGACAUCCCAGCUGUUCUUCAGAUAAAUUCAGAAAAGGAAAAAAAUAAUGACCUUUAUUCAGCCACAGAAGAAAUCAGUAAUACAGGCUUUGGAAGGAUUUUCCCAGCCCCUACUUCAAAUGAUAAAAUGGAAACUGAAGAGGAGGAGGAUGAAAUACCAUCAGAAUUUAUUUCUAGAAGGGAUCUAGAAAAAAACAGACUGUCUAGCGAAGAAAUGGAAAAAUUUUCUGUUUUCAAAAACUAUGAGCCAGGUGAUCCAAAUUGCAGGAUAUAUGUGAAGAAUUUAGCUAAACAAGUUCAAGAAAAGGAUCUCAAGUUCAUUUUUGGAAGAUAUGUUGACUUCCAGUCAGAAAUGGAACGAAAUAUGUUUGAUAUACGUUUGAUGAAAGAAGGCCGUAUGAAGGGACAGGCUUUCAUUGGACUUCCUAAUGAAAAAGCAGCUGCUAAAGCUUUAAACGAAGCAAAUGGAUAUGUCUUAUUUGAAAAACCCAUGGUGGUUCAAUUUGCUCGUUCAGCUAGACCAAAACAGGAUGCCAAUGAAGGGAAAAGAAAAAAGUAAAACCAUCCACAAGAAACAUUCCUGCGUAAAAUACUGCAGUAAUACUGUCAUGCAGAGUGUAUCCUUUCUUGUUGUAUCCUUUUUUUGUACAAUGUUUCCUGUAGCACUCAACUACAUCUAAGUUUUGGUAUAGGGCAGGUGUGGGGAGUUUGUAUGUUCUAGUGCCUGAACUAACCUGGUAACUUUAAAAGCAAAGGGCACCUUCUCAGAGGAAAAAGAAAAAUCCCUGAGUUGACUGUCCAGAGUGAACAGAUACAAUAGGGGUUCUUAGUCUUAAAAGGUGGCCUCCACCUUCCUCCUCAAAGGUCUUAUAACUUGCUAAUUUGGUCCAAUUCAUUAGCUUGUAUGAGCUGAUGUUCUGCUAAUGCUCCACUAAUGUAUGUGGAGCUGUGCUGAACUCACACUGGAUGUUGUCUUGUUUUUCUUCAAAUAUAAUAAUAAUAAUAAUAUAUUGGUUAAAAAUGUUGCAGAGCAGUUCUUAGUGAUAUGAGACGGUUGAACAAUAUUUUAGGUUGUUGUCCUGGUAUAUGAGAAACAAUCUGUAAUUGACUUAGUUUGUAUGUUCCUUACUGUUUCAUUCUUGAGUAAAGAAGAAAAUCUAACAAUAUCUCACAGUGAAAUAUUUGGAAUGGAGCUA